AUGCAGGACGCCGAGGGUAUCGAGAACCUGGCUUUCGUCCCCUCCAGCCCGGACACGCCGCGCCGAGCUUCUGCAUCACCCUCCCAGGUGGAGGUCCCUGGUGUGACCUCCGGCAACCAGAGUGAGGAUUCGCAGACCCCGGAGUCGGGGGAGCCCCAGGAGCCAUCAGAGCCACCUCUACCUUCUGCAAGUCCCCCAGCUCCGGGGGAGCCGCCAGGGUCACAGGCGUGGUCCGAGCUUGAGGAGGGGCCUUGCGGGUGGAAGGAUUUCCACCCCCAGUGUCUCCAGCGCUGCAACACACCGCAAGGCUUUCUCCUGCACUACUGCCUCUUGGCCCUGACGCAAGGUAUUGUAGUAAAUGGCCUAGUAAAUAUCAGCAUCUCCACCAUUGAGAAGCGCUAUGAAAUGAAGAGUUCCUUGACUGGCUUGAUAUCAUCAAGCUACGACAUCUCAUUCUGCAUCCUGUCUUUAUUUGUAUCAUUCUUUGGUGAGAGAGGACACAAACCACGAUGGCUUGCAUUUGCAUCCUUUAUGAUAGGACUGGGGGCGCUUGUGUUUUCCCUGCCACAGUUUUUCAGUGGAAAAUAUGAAUUGGGAUCCGUUUUUGAAGAUGCUUGCUUAACAACAAGGAACAGCAGCAGCUGCACCUCUUCAACCUCUUCACUUUCUAACUACUUAUAUGUGUUUAUCUUGGGACAACUGUUGCUGGGGACUGGAGGAACUCCUCUCUACACCUUGGGAACAGCCUUUAUUGAUGACUCUGUGCCCACACACAAAUCUUCUCUAUAUAUAGGAAUUGGCUAUUCUAUGUCAAUCUUAGGCCCUGCAAUUGGCUAUGUCUUGGGUGGACAGCUGUUGACAAUGUACAUUGACGUCUCUAUGGGACAAAGCUCUGAUAUCACUGAGGAUGAUCCCCGGUGGUUGGGGGCUUGGUGGAUUGGAUUUCUUUUAGCUUGGAUCUUUGCUUGGUCAUUAAUAAUGCCUUUCUCCUGCUUUCCAAAGCAUUUACCAGGUACAGCAAAAAUUCAGGCUGGCAAAACUUCUCAGACUCAUCAGAAUAAGAGCACUUCCUUCGAACACAUAGAUGAGAAUUUUGGAAAAAGUAUUAAAGAUUUCCCAUCUGCUCUAAAGAAUUUGAUGAGGAAUACUGUCUUUAUGUGUUUAGUUCUAUCAACUACUUCUGAAGCAUUAGUUACUACUGGAUUUGCCACAUUUUUACCUAAAUUUAUAGAAAAUCAAUUUGGAAUCACAUCCAGCUUCGCAGCUACCCUUGGAGGGGCUGUUUUAAUUCCUGGAGCUGCUCUUGGUCAAAUUUUAGGUGGUGUUCUUGUUUCCAAAUUCAAAAUGACGUGUAAAAAUACAAUGAAGUUUGCGUUGUUUACAUCUGGAGUAGCACUUUUGCUGAGCUUUGUAUUUAUUUAUGCCAAAUGUGAAAAUGAGCCAUUUGCUGGUGUGUCUGAAUCAUAUAAUGGUACAGGAGCACUGGGAAAUCUGACCGCCCCAUGUAAUGCCGACUGUAACUGUCUCCAGUCCUAUUAUUACCCCCUCUGUGGAGGGAAUGGAGUCCAGUAUUUUUCUCCUUGCUUUGCAGGUUGUUUAAACUCUGUUUCAAAUAGGAAAUCAAAGGUAUAUUAUAAUUGCUCAUGUAUUGAAAGGAAAGUGGAAAUCAUAGCAACUGCAGGAAAUACUUAUUUUGAAGCUAAAGCUGGAAAAUGUGAAACUCAUUGUGCAAACUUGCCCAUAUUUCUUGGCAUUUUCUUCAUUACGGUUAUUUUUACUUUUAUGGCAGGCACUCCUAUAACUGUGUCUAUAUUAAGGUGUGUUAACCACAGACAGCGAUCUCUAGCAUUGGGAGUACAGUUCAUGUUACUUCGAUUGUUGGGCACAAUACCUGGACCAAUUAUAUUUGGUGUCACAAUAGACAGCACAUGUGUUCUCUGGGAUAUUAAUGAAUGUGGAAUUAAAGGAGCUUGUUGGAUUUAUGAUAACAUCAAGAUGGCACAUAUGCUGGUAGCCAUAAGUGUUACUUGUAAAAUCAUCACCAUGUUCUUCAAUGGACUUGCAAUCUUUUUGUAUAAACCUCCACCAUCAGGCACAGAUGUGUCAUUUCAAAGUCAGAGCGCAGUUGUGUCUACUAUUUCAAUAGAACAGGAUCUCAACAAAGCAGAAAAUGAAUGAAAGUGAAAAAGGAUUUUAUUUUGGAAAAAUUGCCUACAUUUGU